AUGGGUAUACAAUCUGUUGCCAGUUCUUUCUAUCACAAAAAGUGGGACCAAGUUAGUGAUAUUGUUGCAAAGGAUGUUCUGAACCUUCUGAUAGAAGCAAGACCCGAAAUUGAUGAAAAUCUCGAAAAUUCGCUUAGAUUUGUUAAAGAGGAAAAUUUUAUUCUAUCCUUUGUUCAUUCAUCCAUCAUUUCGGGAAAAGAUGUAUUCAAAGUUGUAAAGUCGAAAAACAUUGCAAUUUACUUCACAGUGGUCUCCUAUGUUCGAUUAUCGGAUACGGUUCCCGAUGAUGCCUCAAUAAGGCAGUUAACCGGAAAAUACAAAAAUGACGUGCUUGUGUGCAAUGCGACGUUUUCGAGAAUUUUGAAUCCUCUUGGGGUCUGGAAAAUAACAGCCAUCAAUUUCUUUCGUCAAUAA